UAUACCCCAGUCAAUCAGCUGUUUAUUUUAAUUAAUUCGCCGCCGCACAUCUUUUUAGCAACAUUUACGAAAAUUGUAGUUAAAUUUAGUUUAAAUAUGUAUUAUAACUCGUAAUUCAGGCAAGGAUGGUGUCUGUAUUUUCAAAGGUUAAAGAUGUAGUAAAAUACAGCAUUAUGUACGCCUGCCUUACGCACUGCACUUUCGAAUAUGUCGGGGAUUUUGUGGUGUGCAAUGGCCCAUCAAUGGAGCCCACUCUACAUUCGAAAAAUAUCCUGCUGACAGAGCGUAUAUCGACGCGCUUCCAUAACCCAAGACGCGGCGAUAUCAUCAUCGCUGUUUCACCCACCGACCCAAAGCAAUUUAUAUGCAAACGCAUUAUCGGUAUACCCGGUGAUAGAAUCGUUUUAAAGAAUAAUGCACCACCCACAGAUACUGCCGCUGAUGCUGCUAUCUUAGCAAGUACAAAACCAAAACUUAUAGAAUUUACAGAGGAGUACGUGCCGCGAGGUUUCAUCUGGAUUGAAGGUGACAACAGCGAAAAUAGUUCAGAUUCACGUUACUAUGGUCCAAUACCUCAGGGGUUGGUAAAAAGUAGGGUCGUUUGUCGACUUUGGCCCUUGAGUGAAAUGCGUAUGCUAUAGACCGAAAAGUUUACUAGGGGAAUAGGAGAAUACAAUUCUCAGCAAACACAUAUACAAUUAUUUAUUCUUGCAAGCUUACGAAUAAAGUGUCUAUAAAAUGUGCUAACAAAA